UCGUAUACGCCUGCGCCCUUGACAUGCUGCUGUCUCGCUGCUUUUAAAACAGCUGCACUUGAAAGUGCUAGCCGCUGGAUGUCAACCAAGACGACUCGAAUAACAUUAAAUUCCCGACCAAUGUAUAAAUACACAUACCAGUCCCGGGGAAGUCUACGAUGUAUUUGGACAGUGAGCGCUGACACGUAAUGCAUAGGACGAGCCGAUUCUCUUAAAGUUCGCUGGACGAUAUUUCAUUUUCUUUGGCAUAUGGAGACAGUCCGCUCUAGAUAACCCUCAGAUCUCUGAGAUGAUCCAUUUCUGCAAUGGCGAGGGGUCUGUUUUCACGGGCCUGGAUGUUAAAGACUUAUCACGUUCAGGCUCGGCUGUCUUACAUUAGAGUGAAGUAUCUCUUCCUCGUGUGGCUUGUGGUGUUUGUUGGCAGUUGGGUUGUUUACGUGCAAUAUUCCACUUACACUGAGCUAUGCAGAGGACGAGAAUGCAAGAGCAUCAUUUGUGACAAAUACAGUAAAGGUAUUAUUGAUGGCUCUGCCUGUAGCAGCCUGUGUGAAGAAAGCUCACUGUACUUUGGAAGGUGUCUCUCCACCAAGCCAAACAAUCAGGUGUAUACAAGCAGCUGGGGUGACCAGGAUGGUGUUAUCAAGUGUCAGCUAGGUGACGUUCUCCACUAUGAACUGGGAGAGGAGAUGGAGCUAAAGAAAGAGAUAGCACUGUUUGACAAACCCACUCGUGGAACCUCUGUAGAGAAGUUCAAGGAGAUGGUUGCCAGUCAUUUGAAGGCAAAAGUUGGAGAGCAAGCCAACCUCUCCAGUUUGGUAACCCUGAUUCUCUCAGUUGCAGACAGCAAUAAAGAUGGCCAUAUUUCACUCCCUGAAGCCAAAUCUGCUUGGGCUUUAUUGCAGCUCAAUGAGGUUCUGCUUGCAGUGGUGCUCCAAGGUCGAGAACACACACCCAGACUUUUAGGCUUCUGUGGGGACUUGUACGUGGUGGAGCGUGUGCCUCAUGCUCCGCUGUAUGGACUCAGCCUUACGUGGCCCAUGGACCUAUGGAUCCCUACGGGUAUGCGGCGAAGCAUGGACCAGUGGUUCACACCUUCCUGGCCCCGUAAGGCUAAAAUCUUUAUCGGCUUGCUGGAACUUAUAGAAGACAUUUUCCACGGUACCUUUGGGAGCUUCUUAAUGUGUGACAUGAGAGCCAGUACUUUUGGUUACAACGAUCGGCAUGACCUCAGGCUGGUAGACGGACGACGCGUGGUAGCGGAAGAGGCCUUCAAACAGGCUAUGAUCCUCCAGCGCUGCGAGGAGGACGAGGACUGCGUGUACGGCGUGGACUGUCGGACUGCAUGUGACCGUGCAGAACACCAUUGCAUGGCCGAGGUGGCUCAGCCUAACUUGGCCAGGGCCUGUGAAUCACUAAAAGAUUACCUCCUACGAGGAGCUCCCGUUCAUUUACAGGAAGAGCUGGAGAAGCAGUUAUAUGCCUGCAUGGCCCUCAAGGGUUCAGCCGAGCAGAUGGAGAUGGAACACUCUCUCAUUCUCAACAACCUUAAAACAUUGCUGUGGAAACAAAUCUCACACACUAAUGACUCGUGAAGAAAAUAAGCUACAUUGGUGACAACGUUCAGAAUCCUGAAUGUCAGAAAAGCUAGUCGGAAAAUGCAAUGCUGGUUUGUUUUGAUAAGCUUAAUGAGUGGUGCUGGUGCUCUUCACAAAUUCUUUUCCACAAUAGAAGUCGUAUUAAACCUGUGACAAAUUAUGCUCAGGCUCACCAUCUCGCAUAAAAUUCACAUUUCUAUUUGUGUUUUUGUCUCCACACUUUGAUCAGCGAUCAUGCAUCAGUUUUACCUUCAAGUGUUUUGAAGGAGCAAAUGACAAUAAUUUUGCAUCCGUUGUUGGAUGUUAAUAUAGAAAGCUAAGAAAUGCACUCACCACAAACUAUGGUUGUGUUAAUCAUGGUUGUGUAAAUCGUGUAUUGUAAUGUCAUUAAUGAGCACAGCAAAAAGAGCCAUAAAGGAGCCAUGGACAAUAUGAAUCAAAUGCCUUGAUAUGCAUGUUGACGGAGUGUUUCAACAUUCUUUUUCAAUGCUUGUGUGUGAAGAUUCCUCAUUACUCAAAAUACAAUCGAUAGUCUAAUCAUUUUAAGAAUGAUGAGAAAAAUAUUGACAGAGCAAGUCUGCAUCGCACAAUAAGGACCCAAAUGUUUACAAGAAUGUCUGAUGAUGCUUUUAAUUGAUCAGCAUUGUUGAUCCAUUAUUUACUUUAAUUUUGGUUUUGGCUUCCCAGUCUUGACCAAGGAGGUCAAGAUGGACUGUUUUUACCAUCUGUUUUUGCAUAAUGUAAACAUGGCAAAAUGUUAAACAGCUGAAAGUUGUUAAUUAUGUUUUCUAAAAUUAUGCAGAAUUGGGUAAUGCAUAAAAGUUAAUUACAGACAUUUCAACCCUGAGUGACUUUCUGUAAAGUUCUGAAGGCACAGAUUGCAUCCGUUCAUAAGGCACAACUAAUGCUUAAUAUGGCAAAUAUACUUUUUAAGCUAAAACAAUUUGAAACAUCUAUCACCAUCAUAUUUCAUGAUGUACUAAUGAAUAGAAGAGGUUUAUGUUUUUGGUAAUUAUAUCAACUAUUUUUCAGUGGGAUGUUUUGGAUUGUACACAAUACAUUUGUCAGUUUGCAUCAUUUAGUGUAUUCAUGAAACACAUUGCUGCUGUUCAAGCGUUAAACUGACAAAGUUUUAUAAGAUUUGACUGCAUGACUUUGCACAUUAAAAAUGUUUAAAAUAACCUCAAGUCUGUAUCACUGUUUGUCAUUGUCCAGUGCCAUCUAUCAGACCCUACCAACAUGAUGAAGAAACCUGC